AAGAUGAGUUGGUUAUUACAUAUAUGAAUUAUUGUUAGAAUCUGUUAUGUUUUUUUAACAUAACAUAGAUCUCGAUUUAAACCAACAAACGGUGCCUGGUUUGUUUUCGGCUUUGCUUUCUAUUUUACUUCGUGUGGUCUUUGUAUCACCUCGGCAUCAUUCUGUUCAAUCUAAUAUUUUUAUAUUUUCAGAAUACUUUGAUUGAUACCAGUGCGACCCCACCUUGUCCAUUUACAUUCUGCAGGCAUAGUAAACAAGGGCUGGAAUAACGGAAUUUUUAAGCCAAUCAAAAAUCCGGACAGUAGUUGUGUUAACCAAUCAAAAUAGAUCUAACUGCAUCCCCGCUGAACGCUCGACUUCACUGGGUGGACUGCACAUUUCUGUUGGAUAGAUUUGAAUCUGCAAUUCAUAGGGUUUUUGAGUCAACAAUCAAGAUAAAGAUGCAGUUCAUGCUGCUGUUCAGUCGGCAGGGUAAGCUGCGGCUGCAGAAGUGGUAUGUACCCCUGUCAGACAAAGAGAGGAAGAAGAUCUCCAGGGACCUGGUCCAGACCAUUCUAGCCCGUAAGCCCAAGAUGUGUUCCUUCCUGGAGUGGAGGGACCUCAAGAUCGUCUACAAGAGAUACGCCAGCCUGUAUUUCUGCUGUGCGGUGGAAGAUCAAGACAAUGAGCUCAUCACGCUGGAGAUCAUCCACAGAUACGUAGAGCUGCUGGAUAAGUACUUUGGCAGUGUGAGUGUGCUGGACAUCAUCUUUAACUUUGAGAAGGCCUACUUCAUCCUGGAUGAGUUCCUGCUAGGAGGAGAGGCUCAGGAGACCUCCAAGAAGAACGUGUUGAAGGCUAUAGAGCAGGCCGACCUGCUGCAGGAGGAUGCCAAAGAAGCUGAAGCCCCACGGAGUGUCCUGGAGGAGAUUGGCCUGACAUAA